AUGGUCUCCUUGUUACCACCUGUUUUAUGUCAAGUUUUGUCAAUAAAUGCCUUUUGAAUAUUCUGUUGAAGCACUUUGGAAUUUUAUACAAUUUUCUCUGAUUUUUUUUGGCAAACAUGUCUGUUGUGGUUUUCGAAAAACCGCUGACUCGUAUUAGUCUAGCUGAUUGGUUCGCAAAUGUUUGGCAAAAUCAGCAGACCAACGAGACAAGAAGAAACGAUGCAUUCAAUUUAAGACAUGAAAUUAGACAAAUGAGAAAUGAGACGAAGGUGCGGACCGAUUGGGAUACGUACCAUAACAAUGUCAGAUUAGCAGAUAGAAUUACAGAGCUGGAUAGAUGGAGAGAUACAUUACAGAGUUGUUUGGACAAAGUAAAACAUGAGAUAAAAUUUCUGAAGCACGAAAAAUUCGAAACUGAAAGAGAAAUUGACGCAUUACCGGUGGGAAUAAUAGGGGAAUGUAUUUCUCUCCGAGAUGGACGACAUGGCAAAGAGUUAACCUACGAUGAGGGCGAUACCGAACUCAAAAGGGAAUUGUGUUUAGUGGAACACGUUAAAACCAUUUUAAAGGAGAGAUGUCAAAAUACUUGGGAAAAAUUAAACAGACUGGAAGAAGUAAAGUUUUAUUUAACAUUCGACCUGGAUGACAAAACUGAGGCCUACAAUAUUGAUAAAACGCAACUGACCAAAGAUAAAGAUCAUGCCACCGUUACUUUCAAAAUUGACCCGCUUAGAAUACCUAAAGGAUCUCUAUCUUAUGAAGCAUGGAUGGAACACACGAAAAACACCAAACAAAUGGCCGACAACGAACUGAGCGAUACGCUCAAAUUUCGAGAGGCUCUAUUCGUAUGCCGAAACAGAGCGAGAAACGACAUGCACUCUCAAAGAGAAUACGUCAAUUUCAUUCUCAGAAAACGCAUUUACGAAACUCAAAAAGCUAGAAACGAGAUGGAAUGGCAAUCGUUGAAGAUGAAAGAAGAAAUGGAGAAGAUAGAAAGAGAACUCAGAACUUUGAGAGAUUUUCUGCACACUAAUACUAAUGCUUUGAAAUUGGUAGAGACCAGAUUGGAGAACAGGUCAUACAGACCUGGUGCCGAACUCUGCAGAGACUACGCAGACAAAGGUCUUAAAGAAGAAGUUUUGCAGCUUAGACACACCCGCAAGCAAAUUCAAGAUAAGAUCAACUGUGCAAAAUCUACCUACAACGCCCUAGAAGAGCAGCAAGUAAUUAUCGCUAGAGAUAUCGCCGAUAAGGACCACGCCUUGAUGACUGACAUCAGAGUUUUGGACAUUAGAGUUAGAAUGAAAAAAGGAGACGCUGCAAACGAGACAGACAGGAAUAUCGAGCUUACUAAUAUGGAGAAAGAAAUUCCACCCACGUAAAGAAAACUGGAAAUUUGAGUAUAUUUUCGCAAAUUUUAAUUUUUUUUAUGGAAUUUGUAGUCCAGUUGCAAGCACGUACGUUAAUUGGCGCUAAAUUAAAUAAAUGUAUAACCAAGACGAAAAAAUUGCAAUCAGUAAUCAGACCAUUUUAAUUAGCGAAUAUGGAUUCACUUAAAAAAAUGUUUAAAAAUUUGCCCAGUAAAAUAUUUUAUUUUUGUUUUGAUGGAUUUUUACCAAUCAAUGGAUUGAUUUUUUCGAAAAU